AGUAACAAUGAUCUUGUUAUGAAGUACAACAAUUUAAGAAAUCACAUUGGAGCAUUUCAACCGCUUGUACAUUCGAGAAAGGUUCGAAGAUUGAAAAGUGUGUUGGUUAAAUUGAAACUAAAUCUUAGAAAGAACAAAGCACUAACCAACGAACGUACAGAACAGCUUUCUGAAUUGCAGGCGAAAUGCGAAGUGCUUAUAUGUAAAUAUGAUGAUGUUACCUUGCAAAGCAGUGAGUUUCUAUCACAACGCGACGAACUGCAGAAAGACAAAGAUAAGCUGCUCAGUGCGCUAGAAUCCACACUAAUUGAGAAAGAAGAAUUAGAAAUUCGGUUAAACAAAAGAAAUCGGACAAUAUGCCAAUGUUGUCUGAAGUUAAACCGAGAAAUAAUGACGUUAAAAGGUAAUAUUCAGCACCUGCAUUUGCAGAAUGAAAUUAAUCUAUCUGAACAAGAAACUACUUUUUUGAAAAAAAUUGAACAAGAAACUAUUUUUUUGAAAAAAGAUUGCGUUGCAAUACAAACAAAAUUGAACGAAGCAAAUGGAAAUUUAAGAGUGACAACUGAACAACUAGAAUCUGAAAAGAUAGCAAAGGAUAAACUAUUAAAAAACAACGUUGAGCUACAAAACAAACUUCACUACCUAGAUUACAAAUAUAAGGGAACAAUUGAUAAAUUAGGAAAAGAUAAGUCCGCACUACAAAACGAUUUGAACGCGCUAGACCAAAAAUACGCCAAAUUGUCAGAAGACAAUUUAAAUUUGCAAAGUAAAAUUCUCGAAAUCGAAAUCAGAUAUUCAACUCAAGAGGAGACCUUGCAAACGACAAUGGCAGAAUUGAAAGAACAAUCCGACAUGGUACAACAACUUACCACCGAUUUAGAAGAGCAAAGCAUGCAAUUGGAACUAUUCCAAGAUAACAAUAUCUUGUGUAAGCAGAAAAUAGAAUCGUUUUGCGGAGAGAGAGAAAUAGUCGAGCAACAGUUGCAGAAGACUAUUAAACAUCUCAAAAGGUCGGAAUUAAAGUAUUUGUCUAUUCGGAAAUUGCUCGUCGACAUCGAGGCGUACGUGGCGGGCGAUUCGAGCGAAGAUAAUUCCGAAAUUUUUAACUUGAAAAUAUCGCUGAAGAACUGUCAGGAUGAGCUAUUUGAAGUGGAAGAUAAAUUAACCGAUUCGCUGAGCGCAGCGAAAUUUUUUGAUGAGCAAGUGACGCAUAUGAGUGAAAAUCACCAAAAAUUGAAUCGGUGUAUAAUAGUAUUAGUCACCACCUGGCGUGGUGUAUUAGAGAAGGUGAUGAACGUGCAAGUGCUUUUGGAUCAACUAGCGGCCGUUAACUUGAAAUCGUUCACCUCUUUGGAUAAGACCAUCUUUCAGUUACACGAGCAGACUUGUUUAACUAUCGAACUAUUGGGAACCUUGAAUACUUUCAAGCUGAAUGCAAAUGAUUCUGGGGAACUUCCGAUUUUACCGCAUCACAAGUGUCCUCAACUGUGAUAAAUCAUACCUGUGGACUACUGAAAAUUAUUUAGGUUAAAAAAUUUGUAUUAGAGAAUACAUUACACGUCUUAUUUUUUUGCAAUA